UAGACUGUUUCAAGUUCCCCUAGCAGAAACUGUGCCUGAUUUGUGACCAAUGCUGGAGAUGUACGAAAAGGGAGGAAAACACUAAGCGGGUAGCUAUGGAGAUAGACCGUCUUCCUGGCCGCUUCCUUUGACAGGUGUUGAGUAGGUUAAAAGUCUUCAAACAGAGUCCACCAUGUACGCCAAAGGGAAAGGAGCUGUCGUUCCAUCCGAUAAUCAAGCCAGAGAGAAAUUAGCUUUAUACGUGUACGAGUACUUGUUGCAUGUUGGGGCCCAGAAAUCAGCACAGACCUUCCUUUCCGAGAUCCGAUGGGAGAAGAACAUUACGCUAGGAGAGCCUCCUGGAUUCCUCCAUUCAUGGUGGUGUGUAUUCUGGGAUUUGUACUGUGCCGCUCCAGACCGCCGGGAGACCUGCGAGCACUCCAGCGAGGCCAAGGCCUUCCACGACUAUAGUGCAGCAGCAGCCCCCAGCCCCGUGAUGGGCAACAUGCCCCCCAACGACGGCAUGCCAGGUGGACCCAUGCCCCCUGGUUUCUUUCAGCCUUUUAUGUCUCCACGGUACCCUGGUGGACCCCGGCCAUCUCUUCGCAUGCCAAAUCAGCCUCCUGUAGGAGUUCCAGGAUCACAACCGCUCCUGCCAAACAGUUUGGACCCAACCAGACCACAAGGACAUCCUAAUAUGGGCGGUCCGAUGAGAAUGAAUCCUCCCAGGGGGAUGGGUGGCAUGGGCCCUCAGAACUAUGGUGGUAUGAGGCCUCCUCCCAACUCUCUAGGUGGUCCAGGCAUGCCCGGAAUGAACAUGGGUCCUGGAGGACGUGGCCCGUGGCCAAACCCAAAUGCUAACUCGAUAGCAUACUCCUCCUCGUCUCCAGGCAACUACGUGGGUCCUCCAGGAGGAGGCGGUCCACCAGGAACUCCCAUAAUGCCAAGCCCAGGAGACUCUACAAACUCCAGUGAAAAUAUCUACACGAUGAUGAACCCUAUUGGACCAGGAGGAAACAGACCCAAUUUCCCCAUGGGUCCCGGUCCAGAUGGGCCAAUGGGCGGCAUGGGUGGCAUGGAACCCCAUCAUAUGAACGGAUCGUUAGGCUCUGGUGACAUGGAUGGGCUGCCAAAGAACUCCCCCAACAACAUGGCAGGGAUGAACAACCAACCGGGCACACCGCGGGAUGAUGGAGAAAUGGGAGGGAACUUCCUUAACCCAUUCCAAAGUGAAAGUUAUUCACCCAACAUGACGAUGAGUGUGUGAUUUCUUCUCGUUUUGUUUUAUUUGGGCUUUUAUUUUUGGUUUUG